UCCCCCAUUCCAGUAUUGACUGGCGCGUUUCGGACCAGUUCGCUCCCGUCCGGCGCGCCUAAGAACAAGCGUCGGAGGGAUGCUGUCAGUAGCCGGGGAUAUGCUAGGUUGGGUGCGCCGUAUUACAUUGGUGUGAUAGUGUGCUGCUCCCAAAGACGAACAGGAAAAAAUGACAUUGCGAACGAAAAUCAUAAACAACGAUCGACGCUGAGGAGCUAAAUGGAUGAAACUUGACUAUCAGGCAUAAACUGCAAUGAACUACCUGCCAUUAAAAUGGUACUACAUAAUCUUCGGCCUAUUUUAUUCAGGCUCCACAAAUCCAGACAGUAAAAGACUUUACGAUGACCUUCUUUCCAACUACAACCGUCUCAUUCGCCCUGUUGGCAACAAUUCUGAUAGGCUGACCGUCAAAAUGGGACUCAGGCUAUCUCAACUGAUAGACGUGAAUUUGAAGAACCAGAUUAUGACCACCAAUGUGUGGGUUGAACAGGAAUGGAACGAUUACAAAUUAAAAUGGAACCCUGACGAUUACGGAGGAGUCGAAACGCUGCACGUCCCUUCAGAACAUAUUUGGCUUCCGGACAUAGUUUUAUACAACAAUGCUGAUGGAAAUUACGAAGUGACGAUAAUGACGAAGGCGAUUCUUCACCACGACGGUAAGGUUGUUUGGAAGCCGCCUGCCAUUUACAAGUCCUUCUGUGAAAUUAACGUGGAGUAUUUCCCUUUUGACGAGCAGACUUGCUUCAUGAAAUUCGGGUCUUGGACCUACGACGGAUACAUGAUUGAUUUACGACACUUGUAUCAAAGUGACGAUUCAAACAAAAUUGACGUAGGAAUAGACCUCCAAGACUACUACAUAUCGGUAGAAUGGGACAUCAUGAAAGUGCCAGCAGUAAGAAACGAAAAAUUUUACGUCUGCUGUGAAGAACCUUUCCCUGAUAUAAUUUUUAACAUAACUCUUCGUAGAAAAACACUUUUUUACACGGUCAAUCUCAUUUUACCAUGCGUUGGUAUUUCCUUCCUUUCUGUUUUGGUAUUUUAUCUGCCAGCUGAUUCAGGUGAAAAAAUCUCUCUUAGCAUUUCAAUCCUUCUUUCCUUGACUGUCUUCUUCCUUUUGUUGGUUGAAAUCAUCCCUCCGACGUCCAUUACUAUGCCCCUGUUGGGCAAAUAUUUAUUGUUUACCAUGUUGCUUUGUACCCUUUCUGUUGUUACCACCAUCGCCGUUUUGAACGUCAACUUCCGAUCACCUGUAACCCACAAAUUGGCUCCAUGGGUCAGAUACUUUUUUAUCGGCGUCCUUCCCAAAUUUUUGUUUAUUGAACGUCCAAAAAAGGAGGAUGAAGACGAUGGCAAAGAACCUGACAGCAUGUUGACUGACAUAGUUCACAUGCCCGCGACAGAGAAGUUCAAAAACUCUUUCGGGGCCAGUUUCGACUUUGGCAUUGCUGCACCUUCGAGAUUCGAUGUGGCAGCUUCGGGGGGCAUAGGCCCGUGUUUCGGGGAUCCCCCAUUUCCCACACUUCCGUUGUCAGGAGGUGACGACGAACUCUACAGUCCUGCUAGUUGUAGGACGAACACUUUCGGUGAUUUUGAAGAGCCCAGUCCGAUUUUCGAAAAAAUGGGACUCAGCGACAUAGAAAGGACGAUUGCUGACUCAAAAUUUAUUGCUCAACAUAUGAAAAAUAAAGAUUCAUACGAAAACGUUGAAGAAGACUGGAAAUACGUAGCAAUGGUCCUCGAUCGACUGUUCUUGUGGAUCUUCACGCUUGCUUGCGUUAUCGGUACUGCACUGAUUAUCUUCAAAGCACCCUCCCUAUAUGAUACCACGACUCCUAUUGAUAUUCGCAUUUCAAAAGUCGCAAAGAAAAAAAUGAAAUUGCUCAAAAUGGUUCCUGAAGAGUUGUAGACUCCUUUAUUAUUCAUACAAUUCCUUGUUUCUUAUUUGUCCAUUGAAGAAGAACGCGCAUGGAAGAAAUACAAAGAACGGUUCGUAAAUAUUUUACAAAAUAAAUCCCCCCCGUGUACCUCUUAAACUUAUUAUUUUCUUUAUAAUCACCCUUAAUUACUAAUACUCUCUGAUUUAUUAAUUGAUUUUUUAUUUCUUGAUACACACAAGGUCUGUAAAUUAACAUUAAAAUCCAAAGUCUUUCCAAAACAUAGCCAAAUUUUGGCUUAGUAAGUACAUUAUAAUUAAGAAGAUUUCCACUGAUAUUUGAAUUGAAUUCUUUCUAAUAAUUUAAUUCACAUCCAGGACAAAUGUAAGUAUCAGUACGUAUAUAAAUUAAUUUUAUUUUUAUUUUGCUUAAAUUGUUUGUACAAAAAACAACUCAAGAAAAGUGAACUGUUAAGUGCAAUUUCUCAGCGGAUUGCUCCAGCUUGUCUUCCAUGGUUUAUUUUUAGUUUUUAUCAUAGCCAAUAACAAUAUCGUUGCACUCAGCGAUUCCAAUUUAUUUAAUUAAUUAAAAACGAAAGGGUAAGUCUAUUUUCUUUUCGAAACAUUGUUAGCCUCGAUGCACCAAUUAAAGAAUUUUAAAUGUAUGUUAUCAAGGGUAAUAGUUUUCCUUGAAUUAAACGUUGCAAAUUAAGUUUUAUAUCUUAGGCGUUAAAAUAAUAAAAACGUAUGUAUAUUGUUACAUAAUUAAUUAACUAAACGAAUAACACUUUAUUCAAGUUUAAGUUUUAUAUUGUUUUUCAUCAAUGUUUCGAUAAAUAUUUUAAUGAAGUUUAAUAAAUUAAUGGUAGUUAUAACUUUCGACUAAUUAAAACCGUUACUUUUACUCAUUAAUUAAUUAUUGUUAAAUAGAUAUAUAUAAUUAACAAUUAUGCUUUCUAUGAAAACUAAUAAAUCAUCUUAAAUAGACGCUUAUGCCGUCAUAAAAUGUAAUUGAUGUAAAAUGAAUUUAUUAAC